AUGGCUUCACCAACCCCCGAUGCGACCGCUCCCACAAACGAGAAUACGUCGCGCGAUGUCACGGUAGAGAAGGAACAAAAGUCCGAAGUCAACGGGCAUGCGACACCUGAAAAGCCAAAGGACACACCUGAAUCUGCGCCUGUCAAUGGCAACAAAGCGGACGAUCAUCCCGUCGAGAAUGGUGUCCACAAGGACGUAGAGAUGGCAGAGGCGAGCGAUGAGAAGAAGCCCUCUCAAGAGCCUUCGGCGGACGAAAAGAACGAUCAAAAGACCGAAGGUGAUGAUCAGACGAAAGACACUGGUGAUGUCAAACCUGCGGAGGAGCCUAAGGCUACGGAGGAGGAUGUUGAUAUGACAGACGCUGUGCCUGCAGAGAAGUCCGGAGCCGAGAAACCCGCUGGAGAUGCGACCGCAAAAGAGUCCAAGGACGUCGAUAUGGUAGACAAACCUGCAGGUACCCCUGAAAAGGCUGAGGGAACAGACGACAAGGCACCCGCUUCCUCCAACGAUACCGCGGCUCCCUCCUCAGAGACUGAAGUCCAACCUACCAGCCUAUCUCAGUUGGCUAUCGACACGAAGGAAGCGGAUGCCCCUAAACCUUCCACCGAGGUGUCGAUGCAGGAUGCCCCCGUUGGCGACACUUCCGUUAGCUCUAAGGUAGCCCGCGAACGUGAGGAUGAUGCCACAGACGAGCCUGCACCAAAGCGAGCCAAGACUGAGCCCAAAUCUGAAGAACCCGCCGACGUUACGUCCACUGUCUCCAAGACUGACCCGGUCUCUGCAGAGUCUGCCCCCGAGAAGGAGAUUUCUCGCUUCGCUGGUCUUACCAGAUGGAAUGAGGCCGAUUUCAAGAACCAAACGCUCACCCCUUUUCAACGACGCGAGUUCCGCAAGGUGCUGGGACGCGUGAAGAAGACAAAGGCUGGUGGCCAUUUCAAGGACUCAGUCCCCAAGAUGUGGCCUCAACUCGCUGAGAGUUAUUUGGCUAAGAUCGAGAAACCUAUGGACCUUUCCGAGAUUGACCGGACCCUUCGUGAUAUUAAUGGUGCUUAUGUUACGGUUGGUGAUUUUCAGGAUGCCCUGGUUCUCAUGUACGACAACACGCGCAACUUCAAUGGAACCCUCCAUGAGGUUACUGGUGCUGCGUUCAAUGCCAUUCGAAGCAUCUGGGAAGAAGUUGCCACCAUUCCACAAGAAGAGGCAGUCAAGCCCAAGCAGGUACCCAAGCCCAAGCCUCCCCGCGAGUCGCGUAUCAGCUCUCUCGGCGAUUCUAUUGCUCGCAAGCCAUCUGUUGGGCCUGGCGCUAGUCCCGCCGCCGAAAGCGUGUCGUCAAAGCCGCGGCUUGGAUCUCAAGAAGCCAAUACUGCUGCUACUGAACUGCGCCGUGCCUCAUCUGCCACUGAGGGCGAUCGUCCCAAACGAACCGUCCGUGCUCCCAAAUCAAAGGAUAUUGACUACACCACGAAGCCUUCGCGAAAGAAGCUUAAGCCUGAGCUGCAGUUCUCUGAAGAGGUAUUGAACGAUUUGAUGUCCCCCAAGAACCACGCCAUCAACAACUGGUUUAUGGAACCAGUUGAUGCUGAAGGACUUAACAUUCCCCAUUACUACUCCAUCAUCAAGAAGCCCAUGGAUCUGGGAAAGGUGGCUCGUAUGCUAAAGAGUGGCGACAUCAACAACAUCAAGGACUUUGACAAGAACGUGCGGCUGAUCUUUUCCAAUUGUUAUACCUUCAACGGUAGUGUUGACCAAGGCAACACUGUGUCGUAUGUAGCUUCCCAAUUGGAGGACUACUACAACAAUUUGAUGAAGGACAAGGACAGCUGGCUAGCCAGACAUGCCAAGGCACAUGCUCCUGCUGCUUCCCACGGUAGCGACGAGGAAGAUGAGGACGAGGAGGCCGAUGGUGAUGGCGAUGAGAUAACAGCUCCUCCAACUGCAGACCACAGUAAGGAAGUGCGAGACCUGGAGAAAAAGCUGAGGGAGGAAAGUGAGAAGCUGACGGAGCUUCUGUGUGGCGACUCGCCCAAUGAGAGCAUGGUCGCAAUGCAGAAGAGUAUCGUUAACCUCGUACAAGAAAGUCUUCUGAAGGCGAAACAGACUCUCAGUGCGCACCGCUCCAAGCAUCCUGAGAAGCCCUCUAAGAAGGCCAGUAAACCGAGCAAGCCUAAGCCCAGUGGAUCUGCCCCCCGCAAACCCAGUGGAAGUGUGGCAAAUGCAAAGAAGCCCAGUGGCACCAAGAAAGCUGUGAAGAAGACUCUCACCGCGGCAGACAAAGAUGCUAUCGCUUCUGCUAUCAAUGAUCUUGAUGGCGCACAGCUUGACCGCGCUAUCGAUAUCAUCAAGCGUGACACUGGCCAAAAUGAGAAUACCGACGGAGAGCUUGAGCUAGACAUUGAUCAGCUGAGCAAUGAAGCUCUGCUGAAACUCUGGGAACUCUGUAAGAAAGUGUUGCCUGGGUUCGGGAAGGACAAUAAUGUGCCAUCUUCUCCGGAAGUGUCACGGGCAGCGCCGCCUAAGCAUACGAAGGCAUCAUCGACAUCAGCGAAGCCCAAAAAGAACAAGCCCAUGAGUGCCCGUGAACAGGAGGAACGAAUCGCGCAGCUUCGUGAUCUCAGCAACCUGUAUAGACCGGGUCAGGAGCCUGGCGAGAAUCAACCUGUGUUACAGGCUCCCACACCUACGGCCGAGUCCAGUGAUGAGUCGGACUCGGAGGAGGAGUAG